GCUGCAGUCUCUGGAUCCCAGCCUCUGCUUCCUCUCGCCAUGGAUCCCAACUGCCCCUGUGCCACAGGUGGAUCCUGCACGUGUGCCGGCUCCUGCAAAUGCAAAGAGUGCAAAUGCACCUCCUGCAAAAAGAGCUGCUGCUCCUGCUGCCCUGUGAGCUAUGCCAAGUGUGCCCAGGGCUGUGUCUGCAAAGGGGCCUCAGACGAGGGCAGCUGCUGCGCCUGA